AUGAAUUCUACUUUGCCUUUACACAUGUAUAUUAGACCAUUGACGGUUGAAGAUGCGGAAGAAAUUGGUGUUUUAGAGUCACAAGGUUUUCCACCUGAGGAGCGAGCAUCAGAAGAAGUGAUUAGAUUUCGGUUAGCAGCUUGUCCUGAGUUGUGUUCGGGGUUGUUUAUUAGAGAAGUAUCUGGGGUAGAAAUUAAAGAUGAGAAAUUGAUAGGGCAUAUUCUUGGGACGAAGGUUACUUCUAGUGUGGGCGGCAGCGAGAAGAAUAAAGAGGCGUUUAUUACCUAUGAAAAUAGGGAGAAGAUGCAUGAUGACUCUUCUAAUACGAUUGCAGUUCAUUCUAUUGUUAUUGCACCUGAACACCAAAAGAAGAAUCUAGCUACGCUGAUGUUGACAGAUUAUGUACAAAAGAUGUCAAACCAGAAGGUUGCAGAUAAGUUGGUGCUGAUUACCCAUGAGCCUUUGGUGCCAUUUUAUGAGAGACUUGGGUUCCAACUUGUGGGUGAGAAUGAAGCUGUAAAGAAGAGUCCCGAAUUUUCUAAGAAUAAAUGGUUUGAUAUGGUGAGGGAGUUGGUUAAUGAGGAAUACGAAUGCUGA